AUGGGUUAAAAUAGUGCCAAAAAUUAAAAUGUAACAAAAAAUAAACAUUAUGUUUAAGCAUCAAAUAAGGAAAAAGAAAUAAUAUAAAAAUAUACUAAUUUGAAGAUUGGCGAAAAUUUAAGAAUAUUAAAUGUGGAAUUUAAAUUUAAUGGGAAAGAUACUUUUAUUCACACUUUAGUUAGCGGAGAAUAAAAUUAGUAGGUUAUUGUGUUGAUACAUGGAUAUUUAGCUACUUCGCUCUUUUAUUACAAAAUUAUCGAGAAUUUAAGCUAAAAUUAUAAAGUAUAUUCCAUAGAUUUGUUAGGAAUGGGUCUUUCAGAUAGGCAAAAUAUAGAAUUUCAACAACCUAAAAAUGCUGAAGUUGCUACUUAAUUGUUUGUAGAUUCUUUAGAAGAGUGGAGAAAAGCUCUUGGAAUUUAAUCUUUUAAGUUAUUUGGGCAUUCAUUUGGUGGUUUUAUCUCAUUUAAUUAUAAUUUACAAUAUCCUGAACGAGUUGAAUAAAUAAUUUUAAUAUCACCUAUGUCUGGAUCAUCAGUUUAACCUAAAUAUGAUUUGAGGGAUAAAUAAAAAUUUAAAAAAUAUUCUUCUAGUCUUACUUUCAAACAAUCAUUGUUUCCCAAAUUUUUGAGAUGCAUGCAUGAAAAGAAAAUGACUCUAUCAAAGUUUUUGCAAUCAUCUUUGAUUCCAUCUGACUACUUUGUAAAUAAAAUUAUAGACUAAAGAUUUGAAUUUCAGACAAAGCAAGAGAAAGAAGAUUGGAAAAUUUAUUUUAAAUCUAUUUAAAUGCUGCCUGAGUGUACUGAUCAUUUAAUCCAUGAAUUUGUAUCUAUGCCUUAUGUCUAGCCUAAAAUAUCAAUAGAAGAAAUUAUUUUAUCUGGUAAAAUGAAGGAACAACAUAUACCUAUACACUAUAUAUACGGGGGCUAAGAUUGGAUGGAUUGGUCUGGUACAAAAAGGUUAUUAAGCAAUUAACAAAUUAUAGGUACUAUAGAUUACAUCAAAGAUGCCGGUCAUUUAAUACCUUUUGAGUAACCUGAAUAUUUAGUCAAAGAAAUGCUUGAAAUAUUUUAAAAUCAAUAAUAUUACUUUAAUUAGAUGAAAAAUAUAAAAAAGUAGAAACAAUUAUAACUUUGA